AUGCCCCAAGAUGAUCUGGCCUAUGGUGGUUACUACCAAGGUGCCGAGCGAGGGUCCGGAGACGGGUCCCGCGGUCUAGGCGAUACCUUCAAGAAGCUCCGCGAUACGUACAAGAGCCACUCUUCACAGUCGGGUCAGCAGUCGGGUCAAGCCAGCCAGACUUAUAAUCCGAGUGGCUACCAAGGUCAAAACUACCCGACUCAAACCGAGCCCCCGCAGUACGGCCAGAACCAACAGACACAAAGUACCAGCGGGCAGUAUGGAAACACCAACAACCAGGCCAAACCAAAGAAGGAAGAUAAACUCGCUGGAUUUUUGGGCAAGCUUCAGGGCACAGUGACCGAGUACGGGUCGGAGUUUGCCACAAAGAUUGGGAACACGAUUGACCCGAAGGCAUAUGCCGAAUAUGGCCAUGUCAAGCCCAACACAGAGAAUCGGUUCGGCAGCUUUGCCGCUCCUCGCGAACACAACGAUGUCAAGUGGCAUGUGGACGGGUGCAGCUACUUUUGGGCUGUGUCGCGGGCUUUGGAAAGCGCCCGAGAAUCCAUCUGGAUCCUGGACUGGUGGUUAUCUCCCGAACUUUAUCUGAGAAGACCCCCAGCCAAAAAUGAACAAUACCGAUUGGAUCGCAUGUUGCAGGCUGCAGCCCAGCGGGGUGUGCGGAUCAACAUCAUUGUUUACAAAGAAGUGACGCAGGCACUCACUCUCUCGUCGUCCCACACCAAACACGCAUUGGAAGAUUUGCAUCCCAACAUCGCUGUAUUCCGACACCCCGACCAUCUCCCUGACCGACAAGAGCUUGCGGCUUCAUUCGCGUCAUCCUUCCAGAACCUGUCUCUGGACUCGGCUAGCUUGAGUAAGAUGUCAAAGGAUACGCUCAAGGGACUAUAUGGAAUGAACGAGGAUGUCAUUCUCUACUGGGCCCAUCACGAGAAACUUUGCUUGAUCGAUGGUCGGACUGCCUUCAUGGGUGGAUUGGAUAUGUGCUUCGGCCGCUGGGAUACUAACCAACACCCGCUCUCGGAUCUGCACCCAUCGGAUAUGAACCAAACUGUGUUCCCGGGUCAGGACUACAAUAAUUCUCGUGUUCUGGACUUUGAGGAUGUUGUUCAUUGGGAGAAAAACCAACUGGACCGGAAGAGCAUGUCUCGCAUGGGAUGGUCUGACAUCUCCGUGAGCCUACACGGUGCAGUGGCUGAAGAUCUCCGCCGCCACUUCGUUGAAAGAUGGAACUUUAUUUAUGAUGCCAAAUACAAAGUCCGCAACCAGUCGAGAUACACAAGACUGGCGCUGUAUGGUCAACCUAGCCCUUCGACCCAACAGCAACCCGGUCAACAAUCUGGACAGCAACCUGGAGUGCAGCAACCGAACCUGUACCCAUCGGGACAGUCAAGCCCAAGCCAGCCACCCACACCUUCUUGGCAGUCAAAGCCUAGUGCGACAUCGGCAUCAAGCAAACCGGUCACAUCUAGUCAGACCUCCAGUCCUUCUCCUGGGUCAUAUCAGGCUCACCAAGGUGGAAACGCCCCAACCUACCCACCGCCACCAGGGCAGGGCUCUUCGAACCAGUCCCAGUCCCAGUCCCAGCAGCAGCAGCAAGCUGCAUCGCUAUCGCACCAGUCUGAGAAUACUUCGAGCUACCCUGCUCCCCCGAGUUACCAAUCUUCUGCUCAAUCCGGACAUUCCCCAAGCCAGGGGACCAGUCAAUACACCUACACUGGGAACUCAUUCCCUCCUCCCCCGCCUGGGCCGCCUCCUGCGCAAAGUACUCCGAGCAGUGAAUACGAGCCUUACCCCCCGGACCACAAGUACGAUAACACUGGCACUACAGCGUACCAAGCGUACCAGCCUCAACAGCAAAAUCCACCACAAGGAAACGCUGCCAGCCCCUCAUAUCAGCCGUAUCAGGCCCAGCAGCAAAGCCACACGCAGGAGAACACUGCCAAUUCCCCAUACCAGCCUUACCAAGGUCAGAAGCAAGAGGAAAAGCCUUACUACGCUCCGCCACCGAACCAAGCUUCUGGAAGCCCAACCCCACAUCACGAGCAGAACCAGCACCAAGCACCAUACUACCCUCCUCCACCUAGCCAAGAAACUUCUCGUUCCAGCACUCGUGGAAUUAGUGACUACCAGCAUGGGGGUCACCAAGAGUACCAGGGUGAUCGCGAGAGGGGCUCUCUAGCACCUCGCCGUUUCAAGGAGGAUCUGACCCAAUAUGGAAAUUCUCUUCGUGGCCAGCUCGCGGGACAGAUCCAUCAAUACCAGGAUAAACUGACCACGUAUGGACGGCCUGCAUCGUCGCAAGGACGGGGAAACAUGUCGUGUCAAAUUGUCCGCAGUUGCGCCAAAUGGAGUAAUGGUACCCAGGUCGAGCAUUCGAUCGCCGAUGCCUAUUGCGCCAUUAUCCGCAACAGUGAGCACUUCGUCUACAUCGAGAAUCAGUUCUUUAUCACCGCCACGGGCGACUCCCAGCAUCCAGUCAAAAACAAGAUUGGUGCCGCCAUCGUCGAACGAAUUUUGCGUGCUGCACGUGCGGGCCAGAAGUUCAAGAUCGUCGUGGUCAUUCCUUCCGUUCCUUGCUUUGCGGGAGACUUGCGCGACGAUGAGACCCUGGGUACCCGUACGAUCAUGGAGUUCCAGUAUAAUUCCAUUAACCGUGGAGGCCACAGCAUUAUGGAACUGAUCGCCAAGGAGGGAUUCAACCCCAUGGAGUACAUCCGUUUCUACAAUCUCCGUAACUACGACCGAAUCAACAAUGGAAGUAUGGUAGCUGCGGCCGAGAGGCAGAGUGGUGUCAAUUAUGAAGAUGCUCGCCGCCAGUACGACCAGAACACUGCUGGACCUGGUGGUUACGCUCCUGCUCCGAGCAAUACUCGGAGUGCCUUCGAUACCACAGCCCCAUUCCAGCAGUAUCAACAGGGUGCUCAAAAAGUCCAGGGGGGCCAUGCUUCCUCCAACCGCUGGGAUAGUGUCAGCGAGUGCUAUAUGCUCAACGGGGAAGACAUUCGCAAGGUGCCAUGGGACGGCCACCCGGAUGCUGAGAUUGAUGCUUUCGUGAGCGAAGAACUUUACGUUCACUCAAAGGUGAUGAUCGCCGAUGACCGGGUGGUUGUUUGCGGAUCCGCCAACCUGAACGAUCGAUCUCAACUGGGUGAUCAUGACUCCGAAAUUGCAGUGAUCAUUGAGGACUUCACGCCCGUUCAGUCUACCAUGAACGGAAAGCCAUGGGUUGCUAGUCGGUUUGCCGCGUCUCUUCGUCGCCAGCUCUUCCGCAAGCACCUCGGUCUGUUGCCGCCUCAAGAUUACCAACGACCAGAUGCCAACUUCGAGCCCGUGGGAGUUCCCAAUGAAUUUGACUUUGAGUGCCCAGAGAGUAAGGUUGUUUCUGACCCGCUCUCUGAUACCACUCUAAGCCUUUGGAAUUCUCGGGCGCACACAAACAGCGAGGUUUUCCGAAAGGUCUUCCACGCGGUUCCUGAUGACACCGUUCGUAACUGGUCGGAGUACAAGGAAUUCUACGAGUACUACUUCCACAAGGCCGAGGAGCACAAGGAUGGGUUCUCGCGUCCCGCGCGAUUCCAGUGGGGCCACGUUGUCCGCGAUGACUUCCCCCCUGGCGCGGAGGGUGCGAAGCAGGUCAAAGAGCUGCUCAGCCAGGUCAAGGGUACUCUGGUCGAGAUGCCUUUGAUGUUCCUGAUUGAGGAGGAUAUUGCGAAGGAAGGAUUGACAUUGAACGACCUGACCGAGCCGCUCUAUACCUGA